CACGUACAUCAUAUUUAGCUGCUUUUCUGUCUGAUGUUCACACGAUCAGCAGCAAGACAACAUGAAGGUCAGCGCUCUCUGCAUCAGACUGAUGGUGACUGUACUGCUGAAGAACAGUCUCUAUGUUCAGGAAGCUGAUGCAGCUUCUAUUAAUGUGGAUCCAAACCGACUGCAGUUCUUUGAGUAUGAAUCCAUCUCACUUACCUGUGGUGGGAUUCAUGGCUCAUCUGAAUGGAGAGUGAUGAAAAAGAUUUCCUCAAAUACUUCUCGAGUGGAAACAUCAACAGGAUCCUUGAAGAUUAAUCCGGCUUUUGAAUCACACAGUGGAGAAUACUUUUGUGAAAGUGGAGAGGGAGAGAGAAGCAACGCUGUCAACAUCUCUGUCACUGCUGGUGAAGUGAUCCUGGAGAGUCCUGCUCUCCCUGUGAUGGAGGGAAAGAUGGUGACUCUGCGCUGCAGAAAAAAGAAGCCAUCUGCUAUCUCUACAGCUGAUUUCUACAGAGAUGGCCUCCUCAUCAUCAGCAGCUCUACAGGAGAGUUCACCAUCUGGGGUGUUUCUAAAUCUGAUGAAGGACUCUACAAGUGCAGCAUCUCUGAUGGUGGAGAGUCAGCAGAGAGCUGGCUGGCUGUCAGAGGUGAGACACUGCACUGUUUAAAAUCACCAAAUGAAACUCUUCACAGAGAGACUUGUCCCUCCUGGGAUCACUCCAUUUAUCUCCUCCUCCUCUUGAGGACGGUGUUCACCAUAGUGAUGGUGGCUCUGCUGCUGCUGCUGGUGGGACUGCUUCACUGUGGGAAACUCACAGUUACACAAAAAUGUACUCAUGCAAACAGGUGA